UCAUCAUUGACUCCUCUGGAGUAGCUAUUUGACUGCUUAAGUAACUCCUAAAUCUUUAAUUCAAAGCUUAUUUCCAUGUCAAGCUGUCAAAGAGAGUACAUUGAGGAGAGUUUAAGGAUUCAAUAUGGCUGCCAGUGGCGCUGCUCUUCGACCUCAUCCAACUUCUGAGCUCGAUUAUUUUGAUCUCGAUGACACUAUAGCCACCCAAGGAAGAGUUCCUGCUAAACUAGAAGUGCAGAUUUAUAACCUUGGCUUCUUGGAUCCCAGCUCAGAAGGAAAUGAUUUGCAAUCUGGAGCAAAACUCGAACUACCUCUCUGGCUAGCAAAAGAACUUUGUAACCGACGAAGAAAGAUCGUUUCAGUGGAUAUUCCUAAAGCUUACAAGGACGGGUAUAGAGAAAUUUUCAAAGCAGAUGCAAGUGUCGUAGAUCUGCAUAGACUAGGACCAUAUUUCUACGAGUUUGGAACAAAACUUUUGCAUUUUGAUUUUGAAGAAAAUUCUCAAAUGGCCUCAUGUAUGCAAGAGGUAGGCAUUGAGAGCUAGGGGUUUGAAGGGAGGGGGGUCCAUAUAUAGGAAGUAACAUUGGUAGCCCUAGGGUAUAACGGUAGUGGGAGUAUUGUGCGGAAAAUCUUGGUACCUCUUACAAUCACCCUUAUCGCUACAGGAGUCUGCCAUGCUGUAUGGGACCCAUGCUAGUCACGGGUGGGGGUAAAGGGGUACUCACACUGGUACUGUCAUUGUUCAAACCCCUACCCAGUUAUGUGCUUUUGCAGAUACUUUUUUUCCUGUGAGGGUAACUCCCGAGUCAGUGGAAUGUUCGAGUUACUGAGGGGAAAAUUAUGGUAAAUGUAUGAAGGAAAUCCCGGGGAAAUCGACUUUGGUUUGAGUUAGUGCAUGGUUUGAGUUAGCGAGUGUUCAAGUUAUCAGGAUUCAACUGUACAUGGGUUGUAGUUAUGCUCGGUAAUUGACCUUUCAAGUCCGAAUAUCCACGACAUGCAAAUUCUUCACACUGAUCUCGAUGCAUUUCCUUAAGGAAUAAUUAGCUGAGAGAAUAUGAUAAAAGAUCAAAGCCUUUUGCCUUUAGUGAUUUUGUAUAGAUAGUGCUUGAAUAAAAUUGAUUUUGGUCACUCUUGGGACUCAAGGCAUUAAAGGGUCAACAGUCUGCUGAUCACGGCAGAGUGGAUGUUCCAACAUCCCUAGUGAACAAAGACACCAAUUUGUGGCAUGGGUUGAGUAAUUUUUAAGAAAUUGACCACCUGAUCCUCAACCUUAUUUCAUUGUGCAUUCACUGGCAAGGAAAGUGGGAUGGCUGGUCUGUUAUUUGGUUUUAUCAGAUUGCCUACUUAUUAUGACCAACUGUUCAACUUUAAACAUCCAUUUAAGAAGUACCAUAAGAUUACACAAUUAGCCUUGCCCCUAUUCAAAACCUCAAAUUGAUUGGACCACUAUAUUUAUCACCCAUUUUGUCGUGGGGCAAGGUUCAAUAGGGACUUAAAGAUCCAACGACACGGACAGGAAUGAGAACGUCAAAAAAACAAUAGGUAGCUGAAAGAAUGCAAAUUCACUUUUUAAGCGAUGUUCUCAUUGCCAUCACGUCAAUGAAUCUUAAAGUCCCUAAUUUUAACUUUGUCUGUUGUUUAUUUUCUCAAUCAAUCCUGUGAGGCAUUGUUGUAGCUUGGAGAAGCCACCAAUUAACAGCUUGUAAUUGAAAAAAGGGAGCAUGCCUUCAGAGUAGUUUAUAUAUUCUCGUUCCAAAUUUCGUUGUGUUUUGGCCUACUCCAUCAAUUAUGUAAAGAGUUACAUUGUUAUACAUUUUUGUCUCUUUUAUUACCCAGUUCUUUACCGUAUUUGUAGCAAAAGUUAAUAUUUUUAUUUAUUGUAUUUUAAUGUGAAAACGUUUUUUUCCUCCAUUCUUACAGACUUUUAUCAAGAGGUUUAGAAAAAUCAUGGAUUCAUCUCAAAAUGCUGCAAAUGAAGAUGCAUCACUCCUCACAGGGAAACUGGAUCAUGUUGAAAGGCAAGUUUUCUCUGCUGGCCGUAAGGGCAUACGUGAAUUUCUUCAGUGGGAAGCUGGCAACACUUCAAAGCUUACAACUUCAGACACUGUGGUAAACCACAAAAAACGCAAAAGAUCUGUGCUUGAAUGAUUUUUGCCAGUGGAGUAGCCGGAAAGCCUUCAUAUCCCAUGGUUUUUUACUACACUUCAUUAAGACUCAGGGGAAUGCCACAGUUUUAUAAAAGUGUGUGCUGAAAUGAAGUGGAAACUCACCUGAUAGGAACAACAAUGGCAUUGUAAAGAUGUUAAAAGUUGUGUAAUAAUUUUAGUAGUUGCUACAGUUAGCAUGAUUUUCAAAGUGACUCAUUGAUAUAGGAAUAUAGGCUGGUCCCCUCACCUUAUCAGCAGUGGAAACCUUUUUUUAUGGAUGUGCAUUAUUUAAGAGAUAUUCUUGCAAUGCAAGUGAUACAUCAUGGCCUUAUCUCAAAAAUCACCACCAUUUCUCAGCAAUUACUUCAUUUCUUAGUCAAAUCACUCCAGAUAGAAAGAACCUGGCAUGCAUUAAAAUUUAUUUAUCAAAAUAAUGUAGUAACAUAAGAGAGGAAGACACUUAAAUACAAUGUACAUGUACAGUCACUUUAUCAAGUUAGAAUGCAUGCCUAGCCCAUUGUGCCACUCUGCAUCAGUUCAAGAAGUAUUACCUGGGUCCCGUUUCUCAAAAGUCACAAAAAGUUAUGGGACUUUUGAGAAAAUAAUGGGCUCCAGGGCUCAAAAAAACCUGGAUGUGCUGAUAGGCUUUUGUACAUUAUGCUUUUGCUUCCCCACUAAAAUGCUCCACCUUAAUGCUCCAUUUUUCCCACUAAAAUGCUCGGUCUCCCCAAAAAAGUCACUAAAAUGCUCGGAUAAUGCUCAUUACUGACAAACGUUUUUUUAAAUUAAUUUCAAAGUUUACGCUUACAAAAACGUGCAAGUGUUGCAAGUAACAACGACAACGUGUACAAGUUCAUAAAUACAGCCAAAAAAACCAGCUGUAUUAGGUUUUUUUGUGAAUUUUGAGUUUUGGUCUUCAUUUUCUUUAAAAAAGCAGGAGCUCGUGGGGCAUGGACUCCCGAAAAAAGUUAAUUUCUAUUUUAUUUUCUCGGAAAAAUUAAUUUUCCGGGGAAAAUGCCACUAAAAUGCUCGAAUAAUGCUCAAUGCUGUUGCCUCACUAAAAUGCUCGAAAAAAUGGUAGCAUAAUGUACAAAAGUAAAUUUUUUGCAUCAUAUUGGUGUUUUUGCCCGUUUUAAAGGUAGAUGUCUUGCACUUUGCUUGUAACCUCGUUGAUGGUGCCACUUUUUAUCCUUUUUCUCCGUUAACACAGUCAGCUAACUUUACCUUACCGAUAACACCAGAGAUGGGUAAAACAAACAACUAACUUCCAUUUUCCUUCCUUAUUUUUAAUAGUGAAAAUGUCCCGUGGAAAACGUAGGAAAUGACAUUUUCAUGCCCCUUAAAUUUAAAAAAUUUUCCGAAGUAGCUUGCCCCCAGACCCCCUCUUUUUGGAGUGCUUUCGGCUGUCUUACUUUUCUUCCCAUGCUUACACCUUCAAAAUUUCACGCUAUGCCCCUGUUAUAGCGGUUCUUCUUGUGAACUUAGAAAUUUCUCAGUGUUGAAAUGUUAUCAAUGUCUUAUGGCCAUCAUGGGCUUGAUUCACACAAGAGAAAGACUUGACUGAUUUACCAGCAAAUAAACAUAGUACAGUAGCUGGAACCUUCAUUAAGUGGCAACCUUUGGGGUACUGGUAAGUGGCCUCAUAACAGAAGUGGGCCACUCAUUAGAGGUUCCUUAGAAAUUUGCAUAAUCUUUAGUACAAACACCACUUUAUUUUGAAACACGUAUGUGACAAGAGCAGUAUGACUGAUGCUCAAUCGGUUGUCAUGCUCACCUUCUAUCUCAGACUGUAUUUUCCUUCAUGAUGUUCUUAAAAUUAAGCCAAACUACGUGUAUUGAACUCUUGAUGGCUGCUUAAGAGGUGACAGCAAUGGGAGAACUCUCAUUGGGAUGGCCAUGGCUGCUUACAGCUGUUUCGAAUAACACAUGACCUGCGA